AUGCUAAUCCAACGAGCGCCAGAGCAGCUACCUGUCAUCUACGGCCAACAUGUGCCGUGUAAUGCACACCCACACCAGCAAGCAACUAUGGCUACCAACACACGAUCCCAAAGACCAACAAACCACAGUGGUAUUUCUUGUGAUCCACCAGUCUCAUCAUCUAAACCACCCUCUAAACAUAAACGAACAACAUCAUCUGCUGCUGAAAACCCCAAAACAAAGCAGCAAAAGUAUGAUGAAGAUGAAGUCAAAGGAACUGGAAAAGAGCAGGGCAGAAAGGGGAAGAAGGAGGAAAAGAAAGCACCAAAAGGGAAGAAAAAUAGAAAGACAUCUGCCAUGCGAGCUGAAGAGGAUGCUAAGGCUGGCUCCCCUCUCAAACUUACAAGAGCUGAACAGGAACUUGAGGCCAGUAGUAUCUCAGUUGCACCACCUAAGCGAGUCUGCCCAGCUGCUGCACCUCCCAUCCCAGCCAUGUGCACUCUCCCAUCUGUACGUGACCGAGACACCAAUGACGAUAACAGUGACAUCGACAACAAAAGUGACAACAAUGACAUCAACAAUAACAGCGACAUUGACAUGGACAACAACAGCCACAACACCAACAGCAGCAGCAGCAAUGGUGACAAUGGCAACAUGGAUGAUGAAGACAAUAGUGAUCAUGACAACGAUGGCCAUGACAGCAAUGGUGACAGCACCAAAAACGAUGAGGAUGAAGAUAGGGAUCAACAUAACUCACCCAAGAAAACAAGUGGUCAUCAUGAUGAUGAGGAUCAUAUCAGAGAUCGUAUUUGCGAUCGUGAGACAGCCUGUGAUCAAGAUGACAAGUUCAACAACCUUUCUGGUGAACUUGACAGCAUGGACUCUAACCCAGGUACACUAACUAGGCAAAAAGAUUGUCUGAAAACUUUUUUGAUGAAAAUUGGUUUGUAUCUCCAAGAAAUCUGA